CAAUUUAAUACUAGCAACCUUUUAAUAAUUAUUAUAAUUAAUUAUGAUGAACCAGUGAUACAUUCUGAUUUAAAAAAGUUAUAUUGUCGCAGUUGUGAUUAACCAUGUGCCCGUAUUUCUUUUCCCGACUGUCUUUAAAUGCAACACCUCUAAACACAUAGGCCCCCUACUCUUCAGCUUGUUGCCGUUUAAAGGAGGUUAUUUCCCGGACGCAGUCAAUACUUUGAGAGCCAUCGAGUCUAUUUUUACUCUCCAUCCGUGAGUGCCACACGCCCCCCGGCCACGUCUCCCUCCUCCUGGCUACUUUUGGAGCGCCUCUUGACCGUCAACUGCUAGCUAGCUUGGCCAGGAGCUAGCCAGCUCACUCACGCCCACUUCUGCCCGCUCUCGCUGGACGUCGACCCUCUAUUGAUGGAUGUGUCUUGGAGUCCCAUGGGAGACACCUUUUCUUUGAGGCCCUUUUUAAAUGCUUUUUGAACUGAAUCCUUGAGAGGGACGCCAUGGAGGAGCUGGUCCUGGAGCCCAGGUCGGAGAGGAUCGCCCGCUACAAGGCGGAGAGGAGGCGGGAACUGGCCGAGCGCUUCGGCAACAUGGAGGACCUGACCCCCCAGCGGGUGAACAGAGAGGUGACGGACCCCCGCUCACAUGGCCAGGAAGUGAACGGAAAGAUGCACAGGGUCCAGAAUGGGUCGGACCCUCUUUCAGAAUCCACCGGCUCCACAGGGAAGGGUUCUCAGGACUGUGCCAACAUGCCAGGAGGGGAGGGGCACCAAGUCCAGCAGCUCCACACUCGGGUGUCAGUCGGCCAGCUGAGGAGUGCUCUUCUACAGCAGGCUGAAAGUGGUGAAGAGACGUCGGACAAAGCCUGUGCGGAUGACGGUCGAGCCACUUCCUCUCUGGACCUGGCGGUGAAGCCGGCCUCAGACGGGGCUCACCGCCGCCGCACCCGACGUUACUUCCCCGGCGGGUCGAGCGGCACCCGCAAGAACAACGAGCGUUUCAGGACUCAGCCGAUCACGGCCAAUGAGAUGGAGCAUACUAGCGGGCCGGUGGAUGCCGAGGAAGAGAAGAGUGAAGCAGACGUGAAAACAGACGAAAGAGCCCAAAUGAGCGUGGCGGCCAAGAUGUCUUUAUUUAAAGAAAUGGAAAAGACGUCCGCCCCAGAGGCCUCGGCCUUCCUCAAGCCUCGCUCGGGAAGCAUCUGCCACGAGCGUAGGGCACGCCGCGGCAAUGACCAUCGCUUCCUCACUCAACCAAUCACCUGCGAGGAAAUGGUGGCCAUCAGUUUGCCCCCAGCAGCACCAGAGGUGGCCGACCCUCCUCAGGCCGAGCCAUCAGAGGGCGACGACGAGGGCUGCAAGCUCAGCGUGAGCGAGAAGCUGGCACUCUUCAACAAACUCUCCCUGCCGGAGACACCAAGGCCUGCGCAAGGCGACGGGCCCCCGGAGAGGCGCAGGCAGAAGGGGGCCCGCUACCGCACCCAACCCAUCACGGUGGAGGAAGUCACCCUGCUCCAGAAAGUCCCGGUGCAGCUUCCCGCCUUGUGUUUGUCCUCUCAGCUGUCUGACAAACAGCAGUCCUCAUCCGUCAACCUAAAGCCCAGCGAGCUACGCCUCACUCAGUCCAAACCCGACAUCAGUCCCGUACAGGUUCCGGCCGCCGAGCAGGGGAUGCAGCGCUGCGACUCCGAACCCGGUCUGAGAGGGAUCCUCAAGCGGAGCCGCUCGGAGCGCUGCAGGACAACAUGCGCCAACAUGGACGCCCCUCAGAAACACAACGGCGCUGUCCCGCACGGAGACGGAGCAGGUGAGGCGAGGACAGACGGGCCGACGUCGCGGAGGGCGAGACGUGAGGCUUCGGGGGAGGAUGCAGGCCCCCUGAUGGCUGCCCCUUGGAGGCAGAGGCCUCGAAGCAGGCGGGAGACAAUCGCCUUCAUGCCAGCGCGACCGCUGUCACUACAUCUUCAUCAGCGGGAGGAGACACCACAUCAGAGGACGCCAGACACCACUACUUUCCUGGAACACACUGAAAGGCACAAUAAUGACGACGUCGCCGCCGCCCCAGUGAAUGGCAGCUAUGAAGUGCAGCAGAUGAUCAUCAGUGGCAAGGGAGAAAACUCUCACCCAGAGGGAGUGAAGCCUCAGUGUUGGGAGCCCGUCUUUUCCUCUGUCUUUUCUAGCAGCACACCUCAGUACGUCAUGUGUUUCAACCAGACCAACCAGUCCUUUGAAGCACAAGAGGUGGCCUCUCCAACGAAGAGUCCACCGCUGUGGAGAGAAAAGGUUGAAGAGGACAAUGACAACAACGGUCGGUCGAUUGAGGCAGAAGAAACGAGAGCCAUUGCAGCUCCAGAAUUAAACAGAAACCAACCCAGUUGUAACGAGACUCAAUCUACAGAAGCUUCACCUUGCACACUUGCGGUGACGUCUCACAGCGCUCCACCUUCAGCAGAUAACCAAGAAGAGAUGCCUCCCGAGAACGGCUUCUGCACCCGCCAAACCUCCUUAGAAGGGCGGGACCUGGACCUGCUCUGCCAGACCAACACUCCAAUGCUGACCUCAGCCGUCGCAGAGCAUCGUCGGGCCGUACGUCCGUCCCGUCGCACGCAGGGAUCCCGCAACCCUCUUCGGGCUCUGGCAGCCCGCGAGGACGUCAGGCAGGACUUCAUGGAACUCAACACAUCGUCGGAGGAGGCGGCAGUGUCAGAGAAGAAGUCAAAGAACUCCUCCUCAUCCUCGCCAGAUCCUCAGGAGUCUCAUCCACCCUUUACUAGUCCCAUGCUGCUUUUCGUAAAAGGAAGGCAUCACGUCCAGGUCCGCCUGGCCGAGCCCUCGGCGAGCUCCUUAAACAGCGGAGACUGUUUCCUGCUGGUGACCGCCGAGAACUGCAUCCUGUGGAGUGGAAAAUCGGCCAACGAGAAGGAGAAAGCGAAGGCUACAGAGUUGGCGUCUUUCAUUCAGAGCCACAAGGGCCUCGGCUGUCAGGCCGCCCGGGUGGUCCACCUGGAGGAGGGGUGUAACUGUGAAGGUAGCCUGGCCACUGACUUCUGGAGUGUUCUGGGCGGAAGGACAUCUUACAGAGAAAAACUGGAUGGACUUUGGGCAGCGGAGUCUUCACUAGAGGAGGAUGAGCUGUACGAGCGCGGCAUUGUGGAGUCCAACUGUGUUUAUAGGCUCUUGGAGAACCGUCUGAUACCUCACGAACAGGCCUGGUCCUCCAUGCCCAGCGUAAGCCUGCUGAAGUCCAGUGAGGCACUGGUGUUUGACUUUGGCAGCGAGGUGUACCUGUGGCUGGGAAAAGAGGUCCCCGCCAGCACCCGGAAGGUGGCGCUCCAGCUGAGUCGACAGGUGUGGGUCGGCGCCUAUGACUACAGCAAUUGUCGAGUCAACCCGCUGGAUCCCACGCGGUGCAGCGUCAGCACGCAACUGAGGGGUGAAGGGCGUCCCGGCUGGGCUCUGUUUGGCGUCCUCUUGGAGCACAAAGAGACGUGUCUGUUCAAAGAGAAGUUUGUGGACUGGACAGGAAGAGUCGAGGAAGAAGCUGUCCCAUUGACCAAUGACACUCAGACACCUUCCCUCUUAGUGGCCCCACCAUGUGACCCCCUACGGCCCUGCAACGCCACGGCUCUGGUGUCUGCCGAGGCCACGGACGAAGGAGUGACCCGCACCGUGCUGGCUGGUGUCGACGUUCAGAGGGGCUACGGCCCGGUCACGCUGGAAAGAGGGGAGCACGCAGAGCUGAGGACGACGGGUGUUGCCACCUGGCACGUCAAUGAGUUUGACGACUGCGAGGACCCCCUGGAGAGCACGGGACAACUCCACGAGGGCGACUCCUACGUCUUCCGCUGGACGUACAGCCUCAGCACCGCUGACGAGGACGAGGGAAAGGAAAACACAGCCUUCUUCUUGUGGCGAGGGCGCCAUUCCGCUGUGAGUGGACGGGAUACUGCUGCAUUUCUCUCUAUCGGGAUGAACAACAAUGAAGAGUCACAGGUUGUGGUCUGUCAAGGAAAAGAGCCCCCAUGUUUCCUGCAGCUCUUCCAGGGAGGUCUGGUCAUCCACAAAGGCCAAAGAGGGAUCGCCUCUGCUCCAACAGCAGAACAUGUCGAGUCGUGGCGCCUGUUCAGCGUUCAAGGGGAGCUACCAGACGAGGGCUCGUUGCUCGAGGUGGAGUGCUGCUGCGCGGCCCUGCGCUCCAGGGGCUCUCUGGUCUUGGUCAACAGCCAGCAACGGGCGCUCUACCUCUGGACUGGCUGUAAAGCUCUCGCUAGCUGUAGGGAGGUCGCCAAGAGAGCCGUGGAACGCCUGGCUCAAGCGUGUCCACCAGAACUGGGUCUCAGUAGUCAAAGCAGCCCAGUGAAGAUACAGGAAAUAGAGGAAGGCUCGGAGCCUGCAGAGUUCUGGGCGGUGCUGGUACACAUGGACAGGAAGGCCUAUGACUGCAUGCUGCAAGAUCCAGGUAAAUACAACUUCACUCCGCGCCUCUUCCACCUGAGCGCCUCCUCCGGAGGAUUCCUAGCCGAAGAGCUGCACAGUCCGUCGCGUCUGCCCGGUCUCGUCAUGGCCAUGCCCUUCGUCCAGGAGACCCUAUAUGCGGCGCCCCCGCCUGCUCUGUUUCUGCUCGACAACUGCAUGGAGGUCUAUCUGUGGCAAAGAACGCACCCCGUGCAGGAGCAGGGGCGGGCAGACAGCUGGCACAGCGAGAGGAAGUGCGCCAUGGAGACGGCGCUGCAGUACUGCAAAGAAGUCAACCCCAGACGGCCUCCACUGGCGUACCUCAUUCUGGAGGGCGAGGAACCUUUGACCUUCACUAAUGUGUUCCCUCGCUGGGAGAGGACCGUCGCACAGGGCAGCGCGAGACGCUCCAAGCUCACCCUGGUGCAGGACGCCCUGGCCCAGCUGGCGAGCACACAGUUUCCUCUGGAGCGGCUGCUGCAAAGACCCCUACCGGAUGGAGUAGACCCCCGACAGCUGGAGGUCUACCUGUCGGACCAGGACUUCAAGACUAUUUUGGAGAUGAAGCGAGAGGACUUUGCCUCCCUGCCCAGCUGGCAGCAAGCUGACCGGAAGAGAAACAAAGGACUGCUUUGCCAAAUAGACAAGUAAUGCGUACAUGACAAAAAAAAAAUUCAAGUAUAGUUCAACUUUAUUUAUGUAAUUCAUGGACUUUUUAAAGGCGCACAGACAGUAGAAGACAUAUUUCCUAUCAGUGACUCUCUACAAAUAACAGGUAGACCAUGGAGAUAAGUCAGUGAAGUAUUUUGUGGUGCAUGGGUGCUUGGAAAAAAUGGAAUAAACAAUAAUACAUAAGAAAAAAAAGGUGACCAGAUGACUCUUUACGUCUUUUAGAGACGCAUUCAGACUAUGCUUGAAUGAGGCGAGGCUGGCGGCCGUGUUGGAUGGCACGUGUUCCUCGUCAGGACAACAUGCUUUGUAGGGCAUUCAAUUGAUUGCACGUGGACUGUUAGGGUUGUCCUAGACCAGGGGUCUGCAACCUGGGGCUCUUUUAUCCCUCUGUUGUGGCUCCUGCUAGUUUAUUCUUGUGCGUACUGUAGUCACUACGCUGUCCCUUGAGGCACCAUCACGGGUCUUUCAAAGUUCUGCAGCAGCCAUCCAAUUCUAGAGGCAGUGUUUUCUAGUGAGAAACUAUGACACUUGUCAUGAUUUAGCUUGUUAGCUUCCUUUGUUGCUAAUAAACAACAGUCACU